CGCCGCGUGAGCCUUCCACUGGCUCUUUCCUAAAGCCAUCUUUGCAUUGUUCCUGCUGUUGCUCCUCUUGCAAGAAGAAGAAGGGAAAAAUAUAUAUACUUAAAUAACUAAAAUACUUUAUAUUAUUAUAAUUAUUAUUGCAAUCUUGGAGUUUGGAUCUGUUUGACCUUUCUGCUGCUGCUGCUGGUGUGUUGUGUUUUGGUUUUUUUGCAAAGAGGAAAAGCAAGGACUAUAUAUUUUUGAGUUCUUUUCUCCCUCCAUCUCUCUCUCUCGCCUCCCACUCGCGAUGUCAGACACAGCCGUGGACACCAGCUCUGAGAUCUCCACCAAGGUAAGGAAGGACUUGAAAGAGAAGAAGGAAGUUGUGGAAGAGACAGAAAAUGGCAGGGAUGCGCCGGCCAAUGGCAACGCUGAGAACGAGGAAAACGGGGAGCAGGAAGCAGACAACGAGGUAGAUGAGGAAGAGGAAGAAGUCGGCGAUGACGAGGAGGAUGAGGAAGAAGGUGAUGGUGAGGAAGAGGAUGGCGAUGAGGAUGAAGAAGCAGAAGGUCCCACAGGGAAGCGGGCAGCUGAGGACGAUGAGGAUGACGACGUCGAUCCUAAGAAGCAGAAAACCGACGAGGACGAUUAGGGAGCGGAGCGAUCUAAAGAGAUACACACACACAAUUUUUUUUAACUUUAAAAAGAAAAGGAAAAAACAAAAAUUUUUUAAAAAGGCCAGCGCGACCGACUUCACCUUUGGAAGAAAAAAAAAGUUCCCGUUGCGAAGCAUAAUUGCGUGUCGUCCCCCCCGGUUUCCCCCUCCUCCUUGCUGUGGUCACUUGUCACCAAGUAGAGCAGGAAAAAAUAAAUUCAAAACAAAACAAGGAAAAGCCAGUUCCGCCGCAGCCAUUUCUCCCAAUUCUAUGAAAAAUCAAAGAAGGAAAGGAAUAGUAAAUAUACUCUCUCUUCUUCCUUCCUUUUUGACCAUUAGGAUGAUGAUGCCACCUUGGGGUUGGGAAUUGGCUCGGUUUCCCCAUCCCUUCCCCUUUUUUCUCCCCCCUUAAAAGAAAAAAAAACACUGACAACUUCAAGGCCCAGCUUACUUCCUUAAAAAAAAAGUAACUUUAAAGGAGAAUUUGUUUGUAUUUUUUAUUUACAUUUUAUAUUUUUGUACAUAUUGGAACGAGGUCAGCCAUUUUUAACGCGAUCUCCGAUUGACCAAAAGGGAGGAGGGCGGGGCUUUGAAGUGCGGGGUUUUUUCCUCUCUCUCUCUCUCGCUCUAUUCCUGAUACAAAACAAGCCGCAAAAAAAAAAUUAAUAUUUUUUUCUUGGCUUUACUUGUGGUGUGACCAUAUCCAAAAAGAAACCAUAAUCUCAAAAAAUGAGAAAGUUAAAAUUAAAAGAGGAAAACCUUGUAAAGAAUUUUUUUCAAAAAUGCAAAAAAAAAAGUCAACAAUCUUUAUUCUGAGCAUUCCAGUAACUCUUUUUUGUGUAUGUACUUUUAGCUGUACCAUAAGUAGUGGGUUUGUAUGAGAUGGCAAGGCCAAAGAUAAAAAGGGUUUUUUUUCUUUUGUUUUUUUCCUCCUCUCCUUUUUCCCCCCCUCUUCUUUUAUUUUGUCUUUUAUGAAGUUGCUGUUAAUUUUCUUUCUCUUUUUUUGGCCUGUUUGAUGUAUGUGUGAAAAACAAAUGUUGUCCAACAAUAAACCGGAAUUUUAUUUUGCUGAGUUGUUCUAACGAA